AUGGCUGGAAAAGCAGUGCUCACAUGCAGACCCAACUCCCACCUCUUCCAAGAACGCACUUUAGUAUUAGAUCAACCUGUGAAAAUAGGGCGAUCAGUAGCUCGAGCAAGGCCCUCUCCAAACAAUGCCAUAUUUGAUUGUAAAGUUCUUUCUAGAAACCAUGCUGUAUUUUGGUACACUAAUGGAAAGUUUUAUUUGCAAGACACUAAAAGCAGCAAUGGCACUUUCGUCAACAAUCAGAGAUUGAGUAAAUCAGGUGAAGAAAGUUUACCGAGGGAGGUAUGCUCCGGAGAUAUUGUUCAAUUUGGAGUUGACGUGAUAGAAAAUACUAGAAAAGUUACCCAUGGGUGUAUUAUUGCUAACAUCAAAUUAUACCUUCCAGAUGGUAAAGAAGCCAAAGCCAGCCAAUCUUCAUCAAUAAUCUCAUCUAAUGCUGUCCCUGUUGAAGAUCUAUAUGAACUUCAUCAAUAUCUACAGGAAGCAUCACAACGGGAACACAUGCUAGAAACAAAACUAUUUGCCCUUCAAGAAGUCUUGAAUAGCAUUAAAGAAGCUGCUGAUCAAGGUUGGAAAGCACUUAUAGCUGAGGACAGACUUCUGACCCGUGUUGAAACUUUAGAAAAUCAGCUUCAAGCUUAUUCAAAGAAUUUUGGUGAAGAAAAGCUCAAAGAAGAAUUGGUCAAAUUACAAGAGGAAAAAAAUCAAUAUCAAUGUACUGCUAAAGAGUUUCUAAAAAAAGUUCUGGAUGAAAAACUAGAAGCUGUUCAGAAAUGUCAAGAAGUUAAAAGGUCUCUUGUUAAUGUUGAAGCAGCGUAUUCUAGUCUAACUGAUGAAAUGACAAAAAGCCAUGCUCAUAUUCAAGAAUUAGCUCACAAGUUAAGUAUUCAACUUGCGAAAAAUGCUGACGCAGAAGCUAAAAUUCAAGAGUUAGAAACUAAGCAAGUUAAGACUAUUGAAAGGCUGGAAAGUAGAAAUAAAGAAUUAGAAAAAAUGCUAGCAGUAAGACAUGCUGCUGAAGAGAGUUUAGAAAAACAAUUGACUGAUCUUCGAACAGCUGAAAAUAUUGCCAAUGAAAAAGCUAUGGCUUAUGAAUUACAGCUUAAAGUAUUAAGUAAUUUUCCUUCUGCUGAUUUAGAAGGAAUUGAAAUUAACGAAGGUGAUAGUUUAGAUGGUCUUUCGUUAAAAAACUUUGAAGCUAAUAUGAUAGAAACGGAUUUGCAAGAAAGUUCUGAUUCAUUUUCAUAUCAUAAAAACGAAAAAGGUGCUUUGAAUGGUGGAUGUAAAGAAAGCAACAACUUUGUUGAUUCAGAAUUAACUGAAUUAAAAGAAAUGGAAAGUGAUUCCAGUGAAACAAUUGAGAACUGUGAUACAAAAGAGGACUCAAGCACUCUUAUUGCCAAAAACAGUGAUAAUUGUUUGAUUGCACAAGAAAGAUCAGAAAAAGAUCACAAGUAUUGUGAAGAAUGUUCAGUUAUAAAACAAGCUUUAAAAGAACAACUUAAGCUUCAUAGUCAGUAUUUGAAUGAAAACUCCGAUGUUCCUGAAGAUUUUCAAAAUAGUUUGAAUAAAAAAAACCAAGAGCAGGAAGAACUCCUUCUUAGAAGACAACUUUUAGAAGCCCAACAAACUGCUAAACAAAGCCGAAAAGAACAAGCACAAAUGAUGGACCAAAUCAUAGCAUUAACUGCUGAACUUGAAUCUGUUAAUAUUACUGAUGAUAACAAAAUUCAUGAGAAACUUUUUGAGUCGCAACAGGAAUGUAAUAAGCUUCAGAACACCAUUUCAACACUACAGUCAGAACUGAUGAGCUUGAAGGAGAAAUGUUUGAUGAUUGAUGAAGAAAAUCAUCAACUACAGCAGAAAUUAGAUAGUUAUAAAAAAGAAAAGAAAUUUCUUAACAAUAAGUCAGAAAAACAAUUUGAAGAUAUCUUGUUUAAGAUAUCAAGGCUUGAGGAAGAAUUAGUGAUUGUUGGGAGUAAAUACAUGCAGUGUAAUGAAGAAAAGACAAAGAUCGCUCGUGAAUUAGCAAAUUUGAAACUAGAUUACCAAGCAAUCUCUCACCAACCUUACUUUAACUUGAUAUUUGCCCUGCCAUGCAUUAUGCUAGUAUUGGCAGUCACACUGGCAUUUUAUCCUACUCUGUCUCAAAUAAUGGGGACAGCUGAACACUUAGAUGAAGGUAGUUCAUAA